AUGCAGGCCUACGCUGACGAUGUGUUGCUUAUAUGUACUGGGGAAGACCUCAUGCAGUUAGAGCGUAACGCCAAUUCAGUGCUCGAAGGAGUAUAUAAAUGGGGCAUUGAUAACAAAUUAGCUUUUGGACCCCAGAAAACUAAAAUGCUUACACCAACCCCCAAGGCCAAGGCUGCAAAGGUCCAAAUGAAUGGUAUAAACAUAAAAUUUGACACUAAAUUUAAACUACUAGGCGUGAUAAUAGAUGAACACCUAACUUUUGUUGACCACAGCGAAUAUAUCAUCAAAAAGGCGCACUCCAUAUACAAGAAGCUCUGUAUCUAUAUUAAGCCAACUUGGGGGAUCCACGCUGGAAAUGUGAACACCAUCUACAGGCAGGUAAUUGAACCGAUAGUUACCUAUGCGGCAGAGAUAUGGCACCCCGCGGUAAAGUACAAAAAGGUCAUUGGUUCAUUACUUAGCCUCCAGCGUGGUUUCGCAAUAAAGAUGGUUCAUGGUUUCAGGACAUUACCGACUGUAGCAUCUAUUGCACUGGCCGGGUUGACACCCCUUCACCUAAAAGUCCAAGAGGUUGCCUCGACGGAAAAGGUGAAGCGUACACAGAUAACUGAGUACUUGCCAAACGAUAUAAAGUACGAUAAAAGGGUCUCCGUUACCGAAUUGCUACAUCCCGCGGAUAGAAUAGAUAUUACCUUCAAAGAAGUUUUUAAUCAGGAACAACUUGACCUAUACUAUGAAGAUAAUGAAAUGCACAGGGUCUUCACUGACGGAAGUAGGCACGACGGGUUGGUCGGUGCGGCUGUUGUGAUUGACUACCCUGAUGGUAGGAGUUUAAUGAAGAAACUCAAGUUACACAGCAGCUGCACUGUAUUCCAGGCCGAGUGCUUAGCAGUAGAAAGUGCUUGUAGAGAGUGCAUUCAACAAGAAUUACCAAAGGUCGCUGUUUUCUCGGACUCCAAAGCUGCACUGAUGGAAAUCUCUAAUCGUAGCAGUACAAACAGCAUUGUGAACAGAAUUCAUAAGUUAUUAUAUAAUAUCAGGGAGUCUGGGAAAACAGUGAUACAAUUCUGCUGGAUUAAGGCGCAUGUUGGCCUGAUCGGGAACGAAAGGGCUGACAUGGCGGCCAAAGCUGCAGCAGCAUUACAUAAGUCACCAGAUUACGAUCUUUUCCCGCUAUCGUAUCACAAAAUCAACCAUAAGAAAUACAUUUUCGAGAUGCACAGCAAAUGGUAUGAGGACAGCACGACUGGCAGACACAUGAAAAACUGGUAG